AUGUUGCCAGGUGGUGUUAUCUUAGUCUUUGUUCUAGUUGGUUUGGCCGCUAUCGCCAUCUUCUGUACCAUCUUGUACAGAAAAUGGCAAGCCAAGCAAAAGGGUUUGGCCAAGUUCUAA